AUGAGCUCUAACAGGUACUUAAUGCCAUUAGAAACGGUCUCUCUAUUAAAAGGGCCUCGAUUAAGUUCGGGGUUCCUAGGACAACACUUUAGGGUCGAAGGAGAGGCCACUAGACGAGGGCGAGGGUAUUUGCAGAGCUUUAGAGGCUUCUUCUAUAGUAGGAAGACUAGCUAG